AUGUAUACCGCCUAUACCGCCUAUACCGCCCUAUACCGCCUAUACCGCCUAUACCGCCCUAUACCGCCUAUACCGCCUAUACCGCCUAUACCGCCUAUACCGCCUAUACCGCCUAUACCGCCUAUACCGCCUAUACCGCCCUAUACCGCCUAUACCGCCUAUACCGCCUAUACCGCCUAUACCGCCCAUACCC